UGCCAUCGCAAUGGCCAUUUCACAGUUGAUUGUGGCCAAAAUUGUGGCCAUUGUGGUGCUGCUCGUGGUCACGCUGCUGUUCUGCUUUCUGCCCUACCUGCUCGAUCGCUUCUACAAGUGGACAAAGCGCGCCCAGGGCAAUGCUCGUGAGUUUAUGGUGGUCCUGUGCCUGCUCAACUUUGGCGGUGGUGUCCUCAUUGCCACAACCUUUAUACACAUGCUGCCGGAGGUGGUGGUGCUGGUGAAUGCGCUGCAGACAUGCCGCAUGCUGGUGCCCACGCCGUUCGGCCUGCCGGAGGUGUUGCUCUGCACGGGCUUCUAUUUGAUGUUCUUUAUCGAGGAGACGAUGCACUUCUUUGUGCGUCGCAGCCAGCUCAAACAGCGGGAAGUUUCAAAGGUGAUUGUGAAGGUGGAGGUGGAGGAGGGUGAGCAGCAGCAGCCACACACGGAACUGACAGUCGUACAGGAGGAGCUGAAGGAACCCAACUGGCUGCGUGGCCUGGGCAUCAUUGUGGCCCUGUCCCUGCACGAACUGUUUGGCGGCAUGGCCAUUGGCCUGGAGAUGAGCGUGGACACGGUGUGGUUCAUGUGCGGCGCCAUUGCUGUCCACAAACUUGUGCUCGCUUUCUGCAUUGGCAUGGAGAUCAUGAUGGCCCACACCCGCUGGAUAAUUGCUGUCAUUUAUCUGGUCGUCUUCUCCAUUGUCACGCCCAUUGGCCUGGGCAUUGGCAUUGCUGUGAGCGAGACUGCAAACGCGAGUGCGCCGAGCACUGCGUCGGGCAUACUGCAGAGUCUCGCCUGUGGCACGCUCAUCUAUGUGAUUUUCUUUGAGAUUGUUGCCAAGAAAAAUGCCGGCUGGCGUGUGUACAUCUCCUCGCUGGUGGGUUUUGUACUGAUGUUUGGAGUGCAAAUAGCAAUUGGCGAAGCCCAGGGCGGGAGUCAUUAUGUGUGUCCUUAGUGGUUCUCGGAGCUGCUACUGCACUGCUGUGUCUUUGCUAAGGUGAAUUUCUAUUCUCUCUGCGCGUGGUGAAUAAGUUACUGUUCCCACUAUUCACCUCCCGCGUUGCCUGGCUUAUGGCCUAAACCAGCCUCAGCUGGCUUAUUUUUAGCAUUAUUUUUAUGAACUGUGAAUCUACCAUCGAAACAUAUCGUAGAUAAGCCAAUACAAUCCGA